AUGAAAGCAACCGCUCUAAUUAUAUGUGCCUUUGUGGCGGUGGGUUUCGCUGAAUCUUCUCUUGGAUUAGAUGAUGAAUCAAGGGGACCCAUUCCUUAUGUGUGCACCAAUACAACAUCGUUUCGUAAAGAUGGCAACGUUGAUCUCAGCGUUGGAGGUCAAAAGCUUCCCGGAAGGAGAGUUGAACCCACAGUCGGUCUUUCCGGUACAUACCGCUUCCGUAGAUCACCUGAGCCUCAAGGAUCAUUGAGUGCUACAUAUGUGAAACCGCUUGAUGGACCGGAGCGACGACCAACCUACAACUUUGAUUAUAAUAACAGACUCGGAUCAUUGAGUGGUACAUUUUCAAAACCGUUUGGUGGACCUGAACGACGUCCAACCUACAACUUUGAUUAUAAUCACAGACUUGUUAAUCGUAAAGAUGGCAACAUUGAUCUCAGUGUUGGAGGUCAGAAACUCCCUGGAAGGAGAGUAGAGCCCACAGUCGGUCUUUCCGGUACAUUCCGCUUCCGUAGAUCAUUUGAUUCCGAAAAUUGAUGUCACGGACUAUUCAGGGCUCAACUCGAUGAGACAUUUUGUCAUUGAUCUUUCAAUAUCCAGUACCAACAUCGUAGAACAAGAAUUGUGGCAUUAACAAUACUAGAAUACAAAGGUACUGUUACUGCAAGCUCUGUUUCGCGACUUCUUUUCUUGCAGAUUGAUGUUGUAAUAAAAGAGGCAUAUGUUAGGCAUAAGUAAUAAAAUCAAGUAAUCGUAGUAAAAUGUGAAUAAUUCAAAGAUUAAAUAAUUUAUAUUUUCUAAUAAAAUUGAUUUCGAAACAGUA